GGCGUCCCCGACGCCGCGCCCGACUUUGGCCCCGACGAGCAGCCCGACGAGCAGCCCGAGCUCGUCCCCGACGCCCAGUCCGACGAGCAGCCCGACAAGCGGCCCGACCUCGCCCCCGACGCCCAGUCCGACGAGCAGCCCGACCCCCAGUCCGUCCUCGUCACCGACGAGCAGCCCGACGAGCAUCCCCACUUCCAGCCCGACCUCGUCCCCGACGCCCAGUCCAACGAGCAGCCCGACGAGCAGCCCGACCUCGCCCCCGACGCCGAGCCCGACGCUGGGCCAGAC